UGUAUUAUACUAUAUACACAUAAACAGCUACUUAUAUUACACAUCAACCAUCAAUUAUUAUUGUUCAAUAGCUGAUCAUCAAUGUCGAUUAGACAACGUCGUUCGACCAACCAAUCAAAAGAAACACAAGACAAUAUUCAUGAUAAUUCCGUGGAGGCCGAAGAGAAGAAAAAUCCCUCCUCGGCCUCCACGUUAUCAGGACGCCUAUUAACUGGCACAGCGAAUUUGGCGAACCUACUUCCCACAGGAACUCUCCUAGCAUUCCAAAUUCUAACUCCAGUGUUCACCAACAACGGAGCUUGUGACUCCGUUACGCGUCUCUUAACACUCUUACUUCUCAUCUUGCUCUCGCUAUCGUGUUUCCUCGCAUCUUUCACUGACACUGUUAAAGCAUCAGAUGGAAGAGUGUACCAUGGAAUUGCAACAUUGAAAGGUUUUUGGCUAUUUGAUUACUCAGAGGGGACGUUACCUGAGUUGAGUAAGUAUAAGUUAAGGCUCAUUGAUUUUGUUCACGCGUUGUUGUCCGUUCUUGUUUUCUUUGCGGUUGCGUUGAGGGAUAACAAUGUGUUGAUGUGUUAUUACCCGCAACCUAGACAUGAGACUAAGGAGGUUCUUGAUAUUGUACCCGUUGGAGUUGGAUUCUUAUGUAGCUUGUUGUUUCUUGUUUUUCCAACCACCAGACACGGGGUUGGUUAUCCUCUUGCACCUGCUGCACCCAAUUAGUUUCUUCCUUUGUUUCUUUAAUACUUUUUGUUAUAUUCUAAUUGUAUACUUAAAAAAAAGUAAUAGUCUAUCACAUUCAUCCUUUUUAUUGUUAUUGUAAUUGUUAGCCAUUGAAUUGAAUUUAGAGUUUGUUUAUUAAUCA